GCUUGUGAGCUUGUAUUGUGGGUGUGUACCUCAAAUAGUUUAAAAAGGGGUGAGACGCCUGCUGUAGGGUCAUAGCAUUCAACAGAUUGUCGUCAGUGUUCUUUUCGUUCAAACAUGGACUGCUCAUCAGAAGAUACCCAAGGAUCAAACAGCACUAAAUGGAUGUAUAGGGACCCUCGCACCCUGUCGCCUCUGUCUUCUCCCGCCAAGGACUACUCUGCAUCGAGCAUUGUGGACGGUGAAAGCCAGUUGUCUGAGGCACAGGACAAUGAUGAACAUGUACAAAGUGGGGGCGUGGCUAUGGAGACUGGUGAUUUAAAGGCCGUACAAUCCGUACAACACUGGCUUCAGGAAUAUGCCGUCUAUCUGGCCGGAAUCUGUCCUUCCUACACAUCGGAGAGGACAGUGAGCUGGAGGUGGACAAUGCUAUGAGAGAUGACGGAUGGCCUGUAUCAACACAGAUCCGUUUAAACCCUGCGGCGCUGGGUGUUCUGCGAUUUACCACUGGUGUCUGCGUGGCAGCCAUCAUCACACAUCAGAAGCAAGCGGACUGCUGGGGGUGCCAAAGUGAUUGCCCAAGUCAACGACGCCAUUGCUGCAUGCAUGGAUCGACACAUCAUCACUAUGAAUCCCAUUACGAUACCAUAUGUGAUAUACUGGAUAGACACCCAUUCCUGCUACUUUUAGAAACUGUUUUAAAGAAGACUAUAGGGUUGACUGUGUCCCCAGGAAAAAUCUAUGGUGUGGUCGAUUCUUUUCUAUGUGAUUUAUUGGGCAACACCUAUGAUACCGAAAAACUGGAUUUAAUAACCAGCGAAGGUGUGUCCGAUGAACAUCUGCUUUUGAUAUAUGAAGCCACACAAAUGUGGCGUAAUACAUUGUCAUUAGGUAAUACAAGGCCUGGUGUCAAGCGUCGUUUAUAAUGGGGGUGUUGUUUUCUUAUGCAUAUGAUGCGGAUAGCAAGUAUGUAUCAGAUAGACUAGCCGUUUUGAUGUAUGCUGCCAUAGAAAAUGAUACGUAUGUCCAUCAUAAUGCUUAUAUCAAACGUAUGUAUAAGGAAUGGAAUGAUUUGGUCACGAAAUUCUUGUAUGAUAAACCUACUGAUCAAAUGUUAGCUGAAAUAUUUACCCAUUUCCCCGAUGGGGACUGUUUUACCGUCGGACAUGUCAUGUGUAUAUGUGCUUUUGUAUCGGAUGUCUUGAAGUUGAAUAAUCCCUCAAACGCAGAGGGUAUUAGAACUGCUCGCAUGAUGUCUUGUAAAAUGGUGCAUAAAAAUAAAAAUGCCUGUAAACUAUAUCUACGCAUUGUAUCAAGUGGCCAGACAUUUUAAAUAAAAGGAUGGAUAACUCUGAUCAGUGUUUCAGUAUUCGUUUUUUGUUGCAGUCAUACGACAUGGAUAAACUGAUGCAUAAGACUUAUUAUGACCCCGCUGGACCAGGGGGUUACGGAGGUAUCAAUAAGCUACGAACAGCCCUCGCGCAUAGUGAGGGUGCAGUACCUCCUCUAAAAUAUAUCAAGAAAUGGCUGCUGAAGCAGGAUCCCUACACUCUGCAUGUACCUGCACCGAUACAUUUCCGCAGAAAUAGAGUAUUGGUUAGUGGGGUAGAUAGACAGUUCCAGGCUGAUUUAGUGGAUAUGUCAGAGUACGCACCCGAAAAUGAUGGUGUGCAUUUUCUGUUGACGUGCAUCGAUGUAUUCUCAAAACAUGCAUGGGUUCGUCCAUUACCGUCCAAGAGGGCUAUCGACGUCGCUAAAGCUUUUGGUGAUAUUCUCAGCGAAGGGCGUAUCCCCGAUAAAUUGCAGACUGAUGCUGGUAAAGAAUUUUAUAACAAGAUCUUUCAGCGUUUGAUGGAGCGGUACAACGUCAAACAUUUCUCUACAUCUAACGAAACCAAGGCCUGUAUAGUGGAGCGCUUCAACAGGACUCUGAAAACCAGCAUGUGGAGAUAUUUAACAGCAGCCAAUUCCAGACGAUAUGGGGAUAAACUACAGGAUAUGGUCCAUGCUUAUAACCAUUCAUACCAUAGAUCGAUAAAAAUGACACCGGUCAGUGUUGGUAAAAAUAAUGAGAAAAUGGUGUUUAACACACUAUACAAAGCCACUCAAGAGCCGUUGGUGGUGUUUAGAUAUGAUGUUGGUGACACGGUUAGAAUUUCAAAAGCCAGAGCUACAUUUCGAAAAGGAUAUGAGCAGACAUUUACAGAUGAAUAUUUUGUAAUAUCACAACGCAUAGCGAGGUAUCCUCCAGUCUACAAGCUGCAUGACUAUGCAGACGCCCCCGUCCAGGGAACAUUUUAUGAAAAAGAGCUACAAAAAGUUAUAGUGUCUAAAAACAAAGUGUAUAAAAUAGAAAAGAUUAUAGAUAGAAAAAGGGCGGGGUCUAAGAAUCUAUUAUAUGUCAAAUGGCUGGGAUGGCCGGAUGCCUUCAAUUCAUGGGUUUCUGAAAAGACACUAGUCGACGCGUAAAGAGACAUACAACCCAGUAUAGCCAGAGUGUACUAUGGAUAAGGAGGUGUCUGGGGGUUUCUAUGUGACUCUGGCGAGUAAUGCUUCGCUAGGGAUCUACCCACAAAAUAAGAUAUGGAAUUUUAGAACUAAAUUAGCAAAAUCUAUACACACCAAGCAGCCCUAUGAAGUAGGCCUAAUUGAAGCUCAGUACCCAUGCAGCUGGCAUAGUUUUCCUACCGAGGACGCUACUAUGACCGUUGCCAAUGGUAA